AUCAGUUGACUCAGCCUUUCGUUUUGGAACUCAGAUUUUAAGGCACCCAAUUUGCUCAGCAUCUCUCUCUCUCUCUCUCUCUCUCUCUGAGCAGGCAAGAUGAACGACCUGAUGACGAAGUCCUUUACUAGCUAUGUGGACCUAAAGAAAGAGGCCAUGAAAGAUCUGGAAGCCGGCCCCGACUACGACCAGAGCAUGGAGAUGACCACUGCAACCCAGAAUCAGAUGGCCCUAUUUUUGAAUGAGGCAGAGAAGGUGAAGGGAGAGGUGGGUUCCAUCCGAGAUAUAUUAACUAGAUUGCAGGAAGCAAACGAUGAGAGCAAGUCUCUACACAAGCCAGAGGCUCUGAAAGCUCUACGGAAUCGAAUUAAUGGCGACAUCAUAGCCGUGCUCAGGAAGGCCAAAAGCAUCAAAUCCCAACUUGAAGAUAUGGAUAGAGCCAAUGCCGCCAACCGGAGAUUCUCUGGUUUCAGGGAAGGAACCCCAAUUGACCGGACCCGUACAUCAGUCACAAAUGGCUUACGGAAGAAGCUUAAAGAACUUAUGAUGGAAUUUCAGGAUCUGAGGCAGAGGAUGAUGGCAGAGUAUAAGGAGACGGUGGGUCGUCGGUACUUUACUGUGACAGGAGAGUACCCAGAAGAGGAAGUGAUUGAGAAGAUCAUAUCGAACGGUGAGGGAGGUGAGGAUUUGUUGCAGAGAGCAGUACAAGAGCAUGGAAGAGGGAAAGUGCUUGAAACAGUAGUGGAGAUACAGGAUAGGUAUGAUGCUGCUAAAGAGAUUGAAAGGAGCUUGCUUGAGUUGCAUCAGGUGUUCUUGGACAUGGCUGUGAUGGUGGAAGCUCAAGGGGAGCAGAUGGAUGAUAUUGAACACCAUGUCAUGAACGCUUCUCACUAUGUGAAGGAUGGAACCCAGAAUCUCAGGACGGCUAAGAAAUACCAGAGAAGCAGUAGGAAGUGGAUGUGUAUAGGCUUAAUCCUGCUACUUAUCCUAACUCUUGUCAUCGUCAUCCCAAUAGCUACUAGUUUCAGUCAUUCUUAGAAUCCAUUUAUUGUAUUUUCUUUCCUCUCCAAUUUUUCUUUGUUUGCUCUGUUUCUAAGGGCUUGAGGGAGUUGUGCUCAAGCUCCUUUGAGAAUUUUUUACAGUUGUUUUCCCUCCAUAGAUUUUGAUUUGAUUCUGAUUCAAAUUGACAAUAUAAUCUUGAUUCAUUAUGAAAAUCAA